AGCUCCACGGAGAGAUAUAGAGAGAGAGAGAGAGAGAGAGAGAGAGCGUUGAGCAAAACAGAAGCCGAAGAAGACGACUUAUUUAAGGGAGAUCAAAGUAUGGUCGUGUCGUUUCUUGUGUUGUGUGAGGUCCAGAGAUUGAUAAAUUUCUGAAAGUAGAGAGGGACACAGAUAAAUAGAGAUAGAUUAUUAAGUGUAGACUGAUAAAGAAAGAUAGUUUGUUCAUAGGAUCAUGAAGUAUAUAGAUGGGAAACUGGGUUCUCAACCUGAUACAAUGUCCCGGGUUGUUCCUAUGGCAAUAAUAUUUGUUGUAUUUUGCGGGUUUUCCUUCUAUCUUGGUGGACUUUACUGUUCUGAGAGGAACAAAAUUGAAGUCAAGGAUGUUGCAAAGGAAGUUUCAUCUCCUAAGGAAUCAGUGGUUGCUCCUCUCCAAAUUAAAUCAGUAGACUUCCCCGAAUGCACCAGUGAUGAUCAAGACUACAUUCCGUGCAUGGAUCCAAGGAGAUGGAAGAAGUAUGGUGUUCAGCGGCUUACCUUCAUGGAACGUCACUGUCCUCCAGUAAUUGAAAGGAAGGAAUGUUUAGUUCCACCACCAGACGGUUAUAAGCCACCAAUUAAAUGGCCAAAGAGCAGGGAUGAAUGUUGGUACAGGAAUGUACCAUAUGAUUGGAUCAACAAGCAGAAAUCUAAUCAGAACUGGCUGAGGAAAGAGGGGGAGAAAUUCCAAUUUCCUGGUGGAGGUACUAUGUUUCCUAGAGGAGUAGGUGACUAUGUUGAUCUGAUGGAAGAUCUAAUCCCAGAAAUGAAAGAUGGAACUGUUCGCACUGCCAUUGAUACUGGGUGUGGGGUUGCCAGCUGGGGCGGUAAUCUAUUAGAUAGGGGGAUCCUAACUCUUUCUCUUGCUCCAAGAGACAAUCAUGAGGCUCAAGUCCAGUUUGCAUUGGAGCGUGGAAUUCCUGCAAUCCUAGGAAUCAUUGCCACACAACGCCUUCCUUUCCCUUCUAGCUCAUUUGAUAUGGCUCAUUGCUCAAGAUGCCUCAUUCCUUGGACUGAAUAUGGUGGUAUCUAUCUUCUUGAAGUUCACCGCAUACUCCGUCCUGGUGGAUUCUGGGUCUUGUCUGGUCCUCCAGUUAACUAUAAACGUCGUUGGCGAGGGUGGAACACCACAAUUGAAGAGCAGAGAUCAGAUUAUGAGAAGUUGGAAGAAUUUCUAACUUCAAUGUGCUUCAAACUUUACAACAAGAAGGAUGACAUUGCUGUGUGGCAGAAAGCUUCAGAUAAUGAUUGCUACAGCAAGGUUGCUGAACCUGAUGCAUACCCUCCAAAAUGUGAUGACAGCCUUGAACCGGAUUCUGCGUGGUACACUCCACUUCGUUCUUGUGUUCUUGUUCCUAACCCAAAACUUAGGACAAUGGCUCUGGAAUCCAUCCCAAAAUGGCCAGAGCGAUUGCAUGUUGCUCCUGAACGUAUUUCUGAAGUUCGUGGUGGUAGUGCUAGCACUUUUAAACAUGAUGACAGCAAAUGGAAGGUGCGAGCAAAGCACUACAAAAAGUUACUGCCAGAUAUUGGGUCUGACAAGAUAAGAAAUGUGAUGGACAUGAAUACAGUUUAUGGAGGUUUUGCAGCAGCUGUGAUUGAUGAUCCCUUGUGGGUUAUGAAUGUGGUCUCUUCUUAUGCUGUCAACACCCUUCCUGUGGUUUAUGACCGAGGCCUUAUUGGAACAUACCAUGAUUGGUGUGAAGCUUUCUCAACUUACCCUCGAACAUACGACCUCCUUUACCUUGAUGGUCUUUUUACUACAGAAAGCCACCGAUGUGAUAUGAAGUACGUGCUCUUAGAGAUGGAUCGGAUCCUCCGACCCAGUGGUUAUGCGCUAAUAAGGGAAUCCAGCUAUUUUGUGGAUGCCAUUGUGACCAUUGCCGAGGGAAUGAGGUGGAGGUGUAGUAAAGAAGACACUGAAUAUGGUGUUGAGAAGGAGAAGAUAUUGAUUUGCCAGAAAAAGCUUUGGUACUCUUCCAAUCAGAGUUGAAUAUGAUAGAAAUAGAAAUCCUAGUUGCAGUGUUGGUGAUCUCCAAAAAGCUGUGUAUUGGAAUACAGGAAUUCCAGGUGAUACUCACCAGAUAUCAGUAAAGUUCAAUACUUCACCAGCAAUUAAUUGGUCCUACUCAAUAACAUAGUUUUGUUAAUUUAUUCUUUGCAUAUAUUGUUGCUAUUUUUUUUUAGUUCCCCUUAUUUUUGGUUUUAAUUUUUUUCCCUGUGCAUGUUAGAGACUACUUGAUAUUGCAAGUGCAUAUAAGAAUUUGUGAGGAUUCAAGAAGCCUCAACAUCACAGAUUGUGAUAUCUUUGUAACGAGAUUCAUGAAGGUAAUGUUCUCAUUGAAAUUUCA